CAGCAGCAGCGAAACCGACAGCGAAGACAACGACGAAGAUGUCGAUAUGGAGGCCGAGAUCGCCGAGGAGCUCGAGGCCGCGUCCGUCGAAAUGACGCCUGCUGCGCCAGUCGUGGACGAAGCUGCGAACGCCCGUCGCCUUGCGGUCAUCAAGGAGCGCGAGGCGCAGGUGGCUGCGAUGAAGAUGCAGCCGACGCCGAUUGCUGCCACCAACAAGACGAUCAACUCGGACAAGCGCGCGUUCUUCAGCGACUCGGACGGCGAUGAUGAUGACGACAAGGACGACGACGAUUUCCUCGGGCUCAAGCGGCGCGAGCCUGAAGCGCUCUUUGAGCUCCGGCCCGAGUUUGCCGGCGCGGACGGCAAGCGGCUCUUCGAGAUGCAAAAACGGUGUGGCGGCGACCAGCGUUUCCGCCUCGACGCGCGCCUCGUCAAAGGCGACGAGCUCAACGACGGCGCAUGGGCCACCCUCACGCCGGACGCCGGCGAGGUCGCCAAGCGGGCGUACAUUGCAGAGACCGAGCUUUCGCUCGUCUUCGCCAACAUGGAAUUGGAACGAGCGAAGACCCGCUUGCACCGGUCUGUCUCAGACGCCAAGGACCUCAAGCAGCUCGGCUGGCUCGCGGCCGUGCGUCGGUACGACCCGCGCGACGUCGACGCAAAGGCCUUGGAGCAGACGGUCCCGACCAACGCCGCGAUGGCCAAGGACAGCGACGACGAUGGCAAAGUGUUGCCGCCGAUGCCAGUCCAGAAGGAGACGUCGAUGCCUGAGGACGGCGAAGAGAUGGAAGCCGCCGGCGAAGAGAUGGAAGCCGCGCUCGAUGGUAUCGUCAAGCCGGCCGCGGCCGUGUCGACCGGCUUUAGCUUUGCGUCCAUGCUUGGCGACGUCAUUGAAGACGAUGGCGAUGACCACGUCGACGCCAAGCCGCUCGAGGAGACGCCCGACCUGGACAAGUCGACGUGGCUCUUUGCCAACACGGUGCGCAAGGUCGUCCAGGCCGACAGCACGGGCGACGAAGCCAUGGAAGACGACGAGGCGAACGACGAGCCGGUGAUGGCGACGGUUGCGCUCCCGAAGCGGCAGGUGGCCGACGUGCUAGCGUUUGUCACGAGCUUUUGCAAGCCGGACCCGUGGCCCACGCACGAGGUCGACUGGAUGAGUCUCCGCAAGACGUUGACUUUCGGCGCAAGCUCAAGAACAAGAAGACCAUGA